GUCGGGAGACAUAAAUGCUAACUGCGCGCGGAUAAGUUGCCAGCUGCCGAGUUUGCCGUGCCUUUUGUGGGGAGCGCUCUCCGGCUUUUGCUCACCGCCUUCCAGCCUUCCGCCGAGUUCUUCCCGGCUGGGUCUGUAGUUGCGAAGCCUUUUUCAUCUUUUCAAAACCACAAAAACCUCUAGCUGCUGAGGCUCCCGAGAGAUCAAGAUGUGGACGGCGCCAGCGUUGUUCUGGGUUUUGGGGAGCGCGUGGCUGUGGCACUUUGCGCAGGGAGGGCUAGAAGAUGAUAUUGUGACCCCAGGUGCAAGAGAUGGCAUGGUGACCCCAGGGCUAGAAGACAGAACCACAACCACAGGAGGACUGAAUGAACCUACUGGCAAGGCACCUCUGGUACCAACACACGCAAAGAUUCCCUUUGAGGAACUGUCAACCCCAGGAGUCUCAGACCAUGAUGACAAAGAACAUAAGAGUACAACCACUGUCAGAAUGGUGACUAGUCACUCUUCGGACAAGGAAACAAGUCACCCCAACAUAGAUAACACAGCUGACGAAACACAGACAACAGAUAAGAGAGAUGGCUUGGCAGUAGUGACCCUGGUUGGAAUCAUAGUUGGAGUCUUGCUAGCCAUUGGCUUCGUUGGAGGGAUCAUCAUUUUGGUUAUGAGGAAAAUUUCUGGAAGGUUCUCGCCCUAAGGAACUGAACAGAUCAAGCUGUUCUCCCAACAUAUCUGAAAAUAAGAGUGCUUCCAAUUUCCCCUGCUCCCCAUCCUCUGCUUGUGGAGGAAGAUGACCCAUGGGAUGCCCCCUGCAGCCAUGGUGACUCCUCCACUUGCCAGAGGUGCCAAAGGACAGACACGUGAUAAGCCAUGGCCCCUGGAGUCAUAUGCCUUUGGAAGAUAGACAUUUUUAAUAUAAGUUUUGUAAUAAAUGGUUCAAAAGACAACAUGCGUAGAAAAUGGAACAAAACUAUGUAAACUGACUUGUAACCAAGACAGUAUAAUCAGUUGGCUAUAGCUGAUUUAAGAGGCAAAAGAGUCUGGAAAUGUUUAUUAAAUCUGUGAAGUAGUUGGCUCCGGUGUUAUGUCAGAGAAGCACGGGCCUUUUUGCAGUUACUGACCUGUUGAUAUGUACACAGUCCGGGCUGGUGGGGUCUGUGUUUAAAUAUGUUUGAGUCAUAGAGUUGAAAAUGUAAACUUAAAGUCAGGCAUGAUGAGCCACCCCUUAUGGGAGUCUGGCUGGACCAUUUCAGAAGCAUUGAUUGUGGCUUCACUUCCAGGAAGAUACUUCGCUGUUUACAAUUCUCUAAGCCAUGAUGCCUUCGUGGCCCAGAGGUCUGUCCCCUCCACUUCCAUUGGGUAAUAGAAAACCCAAGUUAAGGAGUCACGUCCUUACCUCCCUAGACCCAGAUCUUCAGAGGAUCUGCUUCUUUCUGGACUGUGGAGGUCUUAUCCCAGAUGCUGAGAAGGCUGUUGGAUGUUGCAGGAUGCCAGAGGCUCAGCAGCUAUAGCCCCAAGAACGGAACUUGGUCCUUAAGCAAAGGAGACUCCUGAGCGCACUUUGGUGUAGGAAAUAAACCGACCAGUUUCUAGCAUCUGCCUUCUGCCACUGAGGAAAGUCAGGGAAAGCAAAAAGAAAUCUCGUGCAAUCUUAGUUGCUUUUAUGCAGCUGGGAUGUCAAGGUCUGGUUUUAAGAUAAUGACGCUUCCGGUCUUCAUGGCAUACCACAUCUUGCCGUGGGUUCAAUUGAAAAGGUCCCAGUAAUGAUCCACAGGGACAUCCUGUCUCUACCACCCAGCUCGACACUUCUCUUCCUGUGGAUGUAUUGAGUUCUGCUGCACAGUAUUGAACACUGGCCUGGCCAGAUACUCUGAAGACUGUGAUUAUACGACCUUUACUCCUCUAGCCUAGGAGAGUCCACAAGAUGGGGAGAAAAGUAAAUCAAUGUGGCUGUGUGUUGACCCGCCCAGCUGGCCCAGCAGGUUGCAGACUCACCCAUCAGCUGGCUAAGAGAAGCAGAUUAGAGGGGUCCUGUGAAUGAAACAUCUUCUAUCCCAUCAGUCAGAUUCCAAACUGGAGUUAAGAAUAAUGCCCAUUUCUUCUUUCUAUCCUUUCCCUUCUCGCCUCCACCCCACCCCCUCACUGUGGAAAAAUAACAGUCCAACCCAAGCUAUACAUGGGAGUUGGUGCCUGCUGGGACAGGGCUGUGUUUGUGUUGUCUUGUUCACCUGUGUUACUCUCAAUACAGUGUAGAAAUCUUUUCAAAUAAAACAUGAUUGUGUACAAA